GAAAUUCAGCAGAGCUAAAAAAGCCUGCAGACGGCAACGGUUGUGGGGUUAAAGUUUUCUUUUGAGCGAACAGGAAAAAUAACAAAGUUUUCACCGUUUUUUUCCAUGAAAGCAUAGCCGAGGCGGAUUACCUCGUAGUCGCAGUAUCUCCCAUACAUCCGGUGGACAGUAGAUGAGGCAGAAAAUAUGGAGAUCCAACAACUAGAGCAUCUUUGUAAGGAGAUGUAUGAGUCGACGGACCACGCACGUCGUGCGGAGGCCGAAAAGACUCUGGUGGCAUUUCAGGAUAGUCCGGAUGCCCUGGCACAGUGCCAAUUGCUCCUGCACCGCGCAGAUUCGGGCUAUUCGCAACUCCUGGCCGCCACGACGCUCACAAAACUCGUCUCACGCAACAUUCAAGGACUCACCCUUGUACAGCGUAUCGAGAUCCGGGACUACGUGCUCAACUACUUUAUUACACGCCCAAGUCUCCAGAGCUUCGUGAUACAGGCCCUGGUGACGCUACUGGCGAAAAUAACCAAAUACAGCUGGUUCGACACGUACAAGGAUGAGUACGUGUUCCGGAAGAUUGUUCAGAAUGUACAGAGUUUCCUUCAGGGCUCCGUUGAGCACUGCAUGAUUGCCGUGCAGAUUCUCUCGCAGCUUACGAGUGAGAUGAACCCAAUGGUGGAGGUGGAUGCGAAUCUCACAUUCACAAAGCACCGGAAGAUUGCGUGCAACUUCCGGGAUACGCAGCUGUACGAUAUCUUCCUGUUGUCUUGUAACCUCCUGAGUUCGGCGCGUGAGAACAACAAGAACCUCAACUUCAUGGAUGACGCCCAGAAUGGCCUGAUGACUCAGGUGCUGCGGCUAGCGCGCAAUUGCCUGAGUUUUGAUUUCAUUGGUACAUCAACGGACGAAUCGACGGAUGAGCUGUCCACGAUACAAAUUCCAACAAGCUGGCGUCCCGUUUUCCUCGAUCUCAACACACUGAACCUCUUCUUUGACCUCUAUGACAUCCUACCGAAUUCCCUGUCUAGUCUGGCACUGUCGUGCCUCGUGCAGAUCACCUCAGUUCGGCGGUCGCUCUUCAGCAAUAGCGAACGCGCAAAGUUCCUGUCAGCUCUCGUGCGGGGCGUUAAGAAUAUCCUUGAGAAUUCAAAGGGUUUCAGCGAUCCGGAGAACUAUCAUGAAUUUUGUCGUUUGCUGGCACGCUUGAAGUCCAACUAUCAGCUGGGGGAGCUUGUCACCGUUGACUGCUACCCCGAGGCGAUUGAACUCAUUGCCAAAUUCACCAUUCAGUCGCUGCAAAUGUGGCAAUUUGCCCCCAACAGUGUCCACUACUUGCUAUCCCUCUGGCAGAAAAUGGUGGCUUCUGUGCCAUUUGUUAAGUCUUCGGAGCCCCACCUUCUUGGCACGUACACCCCUGAAAUCACAAAAGCCUACAUCACAUCCCGUCUCGAAUCCGUAGCUGUGAUCGUUCGCACGGGGCAGGAGGAUCUUCUCGAUGAUCAGGGUAUGGUGCAACAGCAACUGGAGCAACUUUCAGUCAUUGAGCGAUGUGAAUACGAGAAGACUUGCGCACUCCUUGUGCAGCUCUUCGAUCAGACUGCCAAUGCCUACCAGCAGCUACUCACGUGUCCGGACCCCAAUAAAAUCGACAUGGCAAUCCAGGAGGGGCAGCUAACGUGGCUCGUUUACAUCAUUGGGGCUGUCAUUGGGGCCCGUGUGAGCUUCUCCGUGAAUGACGAACACGACGUGAUGGAUGGAGAAUUGAUAUUUCGUGUGUUGCAACUGAUGAAUCUCACAGAUCAGCGCCUCCCGCAGGCUGGCUGUGUGAAGCUUGAAUUGGCUAUAAUGAGUUUUCUGGAGCAGGUGCGGAAGACCUACAUUAGUGAGCAGAUGCACAAAGUCUACAAGCGCCUAAGUGAAGUGCUCGGUUUGAAUGAUGAACCAAUGCUUCUCAGUGUCAUCAACAGGAAGAUCAUCAAGAACCUCAAAUUCUGGGGAGAGUCUGAGCAGAUUAUUAAGAAAACGCUUAAUCUCCUCAAUGAUCUCUCAUCUAGCUAUAGCUGUGUGAGGAAGCUCGUUAAAUUAGAUGAAAUUCAAUUUAUGCUGAAUAAUCACACCAGCGAGCAUUUCCAAUUCCUGGGGACAAAUUGCGAAGUAUCAGAGAUGCGUAUGCGAAGUAUGUUCUACUCAUCGCUAGGGCGGCUCCUGAUGGUGGACUUUGGUGACGAUGAGGAGCGCUUCUACACAUUUAUGUUGCCAAUGACGAAUCAAUUUGAAUCCAUUGGGGCAAUGCUGAUGGAUGCAAAUAAUGGGUAUCCGUCGGAGGAGGCAAAAAAGGCCCUUAUUGGGCUAUCGCGUGACCUUCGUGGUUUGGCGUGUGUUCUCGGUACAAAGUCUGCCUAUAUGAUGUUCUUUGAGUGGAUCUACCCCGACUACACGCCGAUUCUCAUUCGUGCCCUUGAGCUGUGGGGGCACGAUCCCACCGUUACGACGCCCAUCCUCAAACUCUUUGCGGAAUUCGUGCACAAUCGUUCACAGCGGCUGCAUUUUGAUGUUUCUAGUCCUAAUGGGGUACUGCUGUUCCGGGAGGCGUCCAAAAUCAUCUGCACAUACGGAAGUCGCGUUCUAUCAUUGGAAGUACAUAAAAAUCAAGAGUACCAAAUGCGCUUGAAGGGGAUGUCUGUUUGCUUUCUAAUGUUAAAGUCAAUUCUCUGUGGCAAUUAUGUCAAUUUUGGGAUUUUCAAGCUCUACGGCGAUGAUACCCUUGACAAUGUUCUAAAUACAACAGUCGAGAUGAUUCUCUCAAUCCCACACAAUCAUCUUCUGGAAUACCCAAAGUUGAGUCAAUCCUACUACGUCCUACUGGAGUGCUUAGCUCAGGAUCACAUAACGUUCCUGGCCACACUGGAGCCGCGUGUUUUCCUCUACUUCCUCGAGAGUAUAGCCGAAGGGCUCAAGGCACUAGGUUCGAUGAAAUUUCCUUCUAACUUUACAGAUACGAUGGUUUGCACAGGAUGCUGCUCCACAUUGGAUCACAUAGUUUCGUACAUUUUUAAGCAAAUGGCAAACAAAGUUUCAACAUUCCCAGGAAAGAAAAUUCGCCGUGAAGUUGCUGCACAGAACGAUACAUUCUUGAAGGUGAAUGAACUUCAUCCGGAGAUCCUGCAGAAUAUCCUCUCAAUCCUCAUGAACAUUAUAAUCUUUGAGGACUGUAGGAAUCAAUUUUCAAUGUCACGACCCCUUCUUGGUCUCAUAUUGCUCUACGAAGAUCACUUCAGGCAAAUUAAGAAUAAUAUAAUCCGGAGCCAACCACUUGAGCGACAACAGACGAUGGCUCAGUGGUUUGACAAUUUGAUGGAAGGCAUCGAGAGGAAUCUUCACACGAAAAACCGCGACAGAUUCACGCAAAAUUUGUCACUCUUCCGCCGUGAUAUCAAUGAUUUACUGAAAGCAACCAAUUUUGCGGGGGUCUCCUCAAUCAAUGACAUGGUCGUUUCCUAGUGCUCCCCCCCUGAUGAGGUCAAUUCCAUCAGCUGGAUUAGCUCCAAUGUGGUGUUCUUGUGAAGUCCAUUGUGCAACACACAGGUGGAAAAAAGCGCUAGAUUUAAUUUAAAAAUUAACAAAAUGGUGAAGAAAAGGAAGAAAAAAUUCAUUUAUCGCCCCAAAGCAAAAAAAUUUAAAAAGCAAAAUUAUUUCACAAUGAGAACUGGCUGUUUAGGAAAUUCGUUAAGUUACAUUUUCGUUUUUUUUUUCUUUUCUUUUUUUCACAAAAAAACGACCUCAUUCUUUUCUCUUUAUCUUUGUUUUUUUUUUUUAUUACAUACAUACUUCACCACAAACAUUACAUACAUGUUCCACCCAUUACUUCCCAACUCCUCACAGCUCACAGAAAAAAAUGAAGAAAGAAAGAAACCUCCAUUAAAUUCAUUUAUUGAGAGAAAGGAUUCAUGUUCCCGCGUGUAAAUGUUUCUUUACCCACCCCCACCCUAUUUGCGGGGGAUGGUGGGAAGAAAGUGAUUUUAAGAGAGAGAGAGAGAAAAUAUUAAAAAAAUCUUGAUGAAUGGCUGAAUGAGUGAAAGAUGAUAAAAAAAAGAAGAAUUUUAGUGUGUGAAUCAUUAAUAAUUUUUUUUUAUUGAAUACUUGAUGAAUAAACUUAUUAUUAUUGGUGUUUUUUAUUAGAAUUUUAAGUAUAAUGAGAUGUUUAUGUUCACUGAGAGAGAAAAAAAAUAAUGAAAAUUAGGUGCAUUUGCGUGAAUGAGACACAUUUUGGCAGUUUAGUAAGAAGAAGAAAGAAAAUUUGCGAAUUUGAUACAAAAAGAAAAAAAAAUCAGCCAGCAAUAUUUUGUAAGGGAAACUUUGUAAAAUUUAAAUUUUGUCGCAAAAUA